GCGCUGCACGGCGCUGGCUAGGGACGUCGUGCACAGCAAUCGACCUGACGCCGUCCAUCCUUGGGGGAGAGCGCGCGAGUCAAGCAAGACGAACGCAGGCAAACUGACCUCGACACGCAGCCCUCGUCGGCCCGGCUUCACGUCAUGCGGUCGCGCGUCGCUGCUUCGGGUCCCGACGCGCCAGCCAACGUCUCUUCGUCUCCCACCACCAUGAAGACGUCCUCCUCGUGGGGGCUGCUGCGCUCGUGUGCAGCAAUAGCACCCGUCGUCAUACUCGCGGCCUUCCUGGCCAAGACACAUCAUGGAGCUCUGCCUGAGCCUGUAACGAACUUAACGAACCCCGACACCGGACUCCCACAAAUAUCGGAGGCGCGCAUCCUCGACGUCGCGAGGACGCUCUCGGAGGACAUCGGCUACCGCAGCGUCGGCACGGAAGAGCAUGCGCAGGGCGACGCCUGGAUGGUCGACCAGGCGCGCGCCUUCAAGGAAGAGUGCGACGCGCUGGUCCAGUCGCAGGGCCGCGCCCUCGAAUGCGAGGUCUGGCACCAGACCGGCGAUGGCAGCCAUAGGUUCGACAUUAUGGGCCACCGAGUGUACAAGACGUACCGCGGGCUGUCGAACAUCAUUGUCCGGGUGUCUAAUGGCACGGCCGCGAGCAAGGAACAUGCCGUGCUCGUCAACUCUCAUCUGGAUAGUACGCUGCCUAGCCCGGGUGCGGCGGAUGAUGCGCUCGCGGUUGGCGUGAUGCUUGAGUGCAUGCGCGUACUUUUGCAUACCCCUGGCUGGGAGCCUGCGCAUGCUAUCAUCUUCUUGUUCAACAACGCAGAAGAGUCCUUGCAAGAUGGCUCACAUCUGUAUUCAACGCAGCAUGAGACGCGCGACACUGUUCGCGCAGUCAUCAACCUCGAAGCUGCAGGAACGACCGGGCGCGAGAUCCUUUUCCAAGCGACCUCUGAGCAGAUGAUCGAGGCCUACUCGCACGUCCCGAGGCCGUUCGGUACGGUCUUCGCGAACGACAUCUUCAGCUCGGGCAUCAUUCUCUCGGACACGGACUUUGGCCAGUUCGAGAAGUAUCUGGGAGUCACUGGUCUGGAUAUGGCCGUCAUCGGCAACAGCUACCUCUACCAUAUGCGCAACGAUCUCAUCGCCUACAUCCAACCCGGCGUGGCACAGAACAUGGGCGAAAAUGCGCUGGCUCUGUUGCACUACCUUGCGUCCUCCGAGUCGCCUAUCACGACCCUCCCGGAGCACCCGCCGCGCCCGACGACGGUGUAUUUCUCGCAUCUGGGGCGCUUUUGGAUGUACUCGUUCACGACGGCGAAGAUCAUGUACUCCACCUUGCUGCUUGUCACGAUUCUCGCUGUCAGAAGCCAGACCCGCUCCUUCCUCGCCCUCCAAGCCCGCGGCUGCCUCGCCGUCGUUUCCGCCAUGCUCGGCGCUCUCAUCGGACCGACCCUCGUCGCCUUCACCAUGCGGCUCGUUCUGAACCGCGGCCUCAGCUGGUUCGCCAACGAGUACUCGCCGAUCCUCCUAUACGGGCCAGCCGCCUUCUUGGGCGCCUUGGUCUCGCAGAAAUUUGUGCCUACUUUAGGUGCCGAUGCCGAGCAUACGCUGUUUGGCUCGGUCGCGCUGCUGCAGGGCGUGGCGGCGUUGGGGAUCCAGCUUUUGGGCGUGGGCUCGGGCGCGUUGUUCUUUUUGACAGGGUUGCCGUUGUUGAUGGGGUAUGUGGCGAAUGCGGUGGUGUUUGGCAAGUACAUCUCGCUCCUCACCUACGCAUGGGGCGCCGCCUUCACCGUCUACACCGGCACGCUCCUCAUCAUGCCUACCCUCGAGGUCUUCGUGCCGCUCACCGGACGCAUGGGCCAUGACGCCCCUGCGGAUAAUGUCAUCGCAGUCAUUGUCGGCACGCUCACGGCCUACGCGUCCGCUCUCGUCCUACCCUUCGUCUAUAGGUUCGAGGAGUCGGCGGGUCCAAAGCGCUCUACUGGCUUUUUAAGACGCGCGAGGGUAUUUGCGGCGCUUGCGACGGUGGUGUCGGUGGCGUACUUUGCGGCGCGCUCGCCGUUUGAUGCGACGCAUCAGAAGCGGGUGUUUAUGAUCCAUAUGGAGAAUGUCACCAGCGGGGAGCACAAGCUGCACAUCGGUGGAUUCGACCCCGCACCCGACCUUGAGAUCCUCGCAAGGGAUAUCGCGACCGCGCUCCCCGCCGCCGCGCCCGAAACCGUCGCUAGCGAUGCGGUCGUCGCCGAAGACAACCAAGCAAAAGACCUGGUCGGCGAUGUGCUCCCCCUCCCCGGAUUGCUGUCAGAGACGUUCGGCGCCGUUGACAUGACGCCGUACAAUAGCGACUGGAACUCGAUUUAUCCAGUCUCUGCCUUCCUGUCGCCGUACGCUGUGACUAUGGACGUGGCGGAGGGGUAUGUGUCGCCGUGGGUGAAGGAGGAUGCGCCGGUGUUCUAUGCGAGGGCGGUUCGGGAUGAGCGCGAUGAAGAGGCGGGGACAAGGGCUUUGACGUUGGAGAUGUACCAUCCUGGGCUUAUUUGGAGUGUCAUCGCAUUCGACGCCGAGGUCUUAUCAUGGGACCUAGACAAUGACCCACCCGCUGGGCGGACUCGCCACCACAUCAAGGAGGCCUCGUUCCACGGUGUCGACAAAUGGGAGGUUGAACUUGUCGUGCGCGACGAAGGAGAUAUAAUAAUUGACUACGUCGGCAUCCAGGAGGAUGGCAUCUGGCCGGCACGAAAAGCACGGUUCGAGGCCAAGGGAGGAGCAGAUUCGCCUCUGCCGCUGCGGAUGUUCGACGCCUUGGAUGCGUACAUCAUCGAGCGAACAGCAGGAGCAGUAGACGCGAUGUUCCUGGGCUGCGUCUCGGCGACGUUUGCCGUAUGAUCUAACCGCUGUAGUAGCGGUACAAAUAGAAAUGACUACGCAGACAUGGACCCACAAGCUGCAUCUCACGUGUCC